AGUCUUUAAUGAGUACAAAAUCCUUAAGCAAACGCAACAAAGUGGACUCAAAAGUGAUAUCCUCAACAUGAGUAGUCAUGGACUCAUAGCAGGCCAGGCUAUGUUCUCGCCAUUUGACACAGACGACUUUCCUCCCGAACCUCCGGCCCCUUCAGCAAUACCAGUUGGACACAUGGACAUGUCAGAUCACACAGCUACUAUGCUAACGAAUGUACCCAUUCACAGAACCGAUCUUUCCGAUGCUACUACCAAAUAUGCAGUGGAAUUGGUGGAAAUCAAAAAAGAACCAGAUAUCAAAUUCGAAACACUCCGUUCUUUUGAUCAAGACAGUCUCUUGGAAAUGGAUUCUCACAUGAGUGGAGAUCACUCCAUUGGGUCUCAUGAAGACGUUGGCGAUUUGCAUCAUUCCUCUUUGAUGGGUUCGGAUUAUACUCCACCUCUACAAGGCCUUCAAAAUAGACUAGAUGAUGAUGCGGGCGAUGCUAGUAUAAAAACCGAGAUAAAAACAAAUGGUCACCAUGACUUCCAAGGGAUCAGAGGACACACUGGAGGUGGGCCGAAAACAUGGACUCAAGAAGACAUGGAUAUGGCGUUAGAUGCCCUAAAGAAUCAUAAUAUGAGUCUGACAAAAGCAUCUGCAGCCUAUGGUAUCCCUUCUACUACUUUGUGGCAGCGAGCGCAUAGAUUAGGAAUUGACACCCCUAAAAAAGAAGGCCCAACAAAGUCUUGGACAGAAGAAAAUUUAAAUAACGCCUUAGAAGCCUUGAGGACCGGUACAAUAUCCGCGAACAAGGCCAGUAAGGCCUAUGGUAUUCCUAGCAGUACCUUGUACAAAAUAGCGAGACGAGAAGGUAUAAGACUGGCAGCGCCCUUUAACGCAGCACCAACCACGUGGACUCCAGACGAUUUAGAAAAGGCCUUAGAGUCCAUACGAACAGGUCAAACAUCCGUCCAAAAAGCGUCCACAGAGUUUGGCAUACCAACUGGAACCUUGUAUGGAAGAUGCAAGAGAGAAGGCAUCGAAUUGUCUCGGUCGAAUCCAACUCCGUGGUCUGAAGAUGCUAUGGGGGAAGCGUUAGAAGCCGUCAGGUUAGGUCACAUGUCCAUCAAUCAAGCAGCCAUCCACUACAAUUUGCCUUACUCAUCCUUAUAUGGUAGAUUUAAGAGGGGAAUUAAAUAUGACUCUGACAAUAUUGAGAUUCAACAAGAAAACCUCCAGCAACAACACAUGGACGUUCACCCAUUCAGUGGUAUAGAAUUCAGCAAUGGGCAACCAAUCCAAUACCAGAAUCAACCGAAUAGCUGA